GCCUCAUGCAUAGCUCCAUUCUCACCCAUAUAUACCCCCACACCGCCUUCAUCGUCUGACCAUUUCUCUACAAAGACAAACAAAGAACGCUCUUUGUUUCUGUCUUUCUCUCUGUUUUCCUCUCUAGCUUUUGCAAAUCCUUUUCUUUUUGGUUCCUUGAGCUUUAUCUCUGUUGCUAGGCAUGGCGAAGGAAGGAGAGCAUGGCUUUCAUGCUAAGGACUAUGUCGACCCUCCACCAGCACCCUUGAUUGAUGCAGCAGAGCUGAAGAAAUGGUCAUUUUACAGGGCUUUGAUAGCUGAGUUCAUUGCAACUUUGCUCUUCCUUUACAUCACAGUCUUGACUGUGAUAGGCAACAAGAGCCAGGUUGGCACCUCCAAUGACUCCUGUGCUGGUGUUGGGAUUCUUGGUAUUGCUUGGGCCUUUGGUGGCAUGAUCUUCAUUCUUGUUUACUGCACCGCUGGUAUUUCUGGUAAAGUUUUUCUCACUCCCUGCCUUCAUUUCUUUCCCUUUCUUUCUUUCUUCUUUGGCUUGGCUUUGUGUGCUUUUUCUAGAUGGAAAAUGGUUAUUUGGAGUUUACAACAUAUAGAUUAUUUGUAUGUUUUUAAGUGUCAUGAGCAUAUACUUUCUUGUCGUGUUAAGGUCUUGGCUCCCCUUCCAAUUGGUUUUGCUGUGUUCAUGGUUCACUUGGCUACCAUCCCAGUCACUGGCACUGGCAUUAACCCUGCUAGGAGUUUCGGAGCUGCUGUUAUCUACAACAACAAGAAGGCCUGGGAUGAUCAUUGGAUUUUCUGGGUUGGUCCCAUGAUUGGAGCAGCCAUUGCAGCUUUCUACCACCAAUUCAUCUUGAGAGCAGGAGCUGCUAAGGCUCUUGGGUCAUUCAGGAGCCAGACCCAUGUUUGAUGAUCUUGACAAACUCUUUUGCCUUCCUUCAUGCUUUUUUUUAGAGGACAAAAAAAUAUGUAGGCAAAAAAAGUGAAAAUAAUGAAGGAAGUUGCUUUAUGCUUUGUGUCUGGCUAUUGUCCCCAAACCUCCUCCUUUCAACUUCCCUUUGUGGAUGUUAAAAAUUAUAGGAACUUUAGGGUCAUGGAAAUGUAGAUAAAGUCUGUUUGAGAAGUGGAGGGGGCCUUUUAAGUAUCCCUUUUGUCAUUUCAAGCACUUUCCUUAGAAUGUACUUCACCUCUCUCUCUCUCUCUUUCUCUCCCUUUUCUUUGUUUUCUUUCUUCUCAUCCUCUUAUUUGUGCUCAUUUAUGCUUUAAGAAAAGUAUUGGACAUUGUUAUCUUUAGUUUUA